AUGGCUGACUCCGAAAUCCAGUACUGGUGUGCUAUCUUCUGCGGAGCUGGCUUUGUCAUCUGUUUCUUCUUCAUGGAAGAGACCAAUUAUCAGCGUGUGGACGUGUUGACGGCUGAACCCUACCAAGUGGACUACACACCAUCAGCACUUGAGAAGGGCUCCAAAGACCCAUCCGACUCAGAUCGAGUAGCGCCUGUGCAGACGCCUCCCAGCCCCGAACCAACUAUGACAAAGAAGUCAUACCUUGACAAGCUCAAAAUGACAGUAUACUCAGGCCUCUUUGGCGACAAGUUCGUCAUAUGGAAGGCACGCCGUAACAACGGAAUAAUGGAACCUGAGUUUCGAUUGUGGCUCUUCACAGCACUGUUGAUCUGCAUCCCAGGCGCUCUUCUCCUCUGGGGCGUCGGGGCUGCGCACGAAGUCCACUGGUUUGGCCUUAUCUUUGCAAUGGGGGUCUUCGGCGCAGCCAUUACUGCUGGCAGUCAGCUUUCGAUCAGCUACUGCAUUGACUGCUACAAGGAGCUGGGCGAAGAUGCCAUUGUCACCGUCAUCCUGAUCCGCAACACAAUGUCUUUUGCUGUUUCCUAUGGCAUAACCCCUUGGGUUGAAAACAUGGGGUAUCAAAACGCGUUUCUAGUUGCUGCGUUUGCUGCUCUUGCGCAGAUCUCGUCAUACUUCGCCAUGAUCAAAUGGGGUCGACAGAUCCGUGCAGCGAGCGUCAUCCGGUAUUGGAAGUACUGCCAGAAAGAGUAG